GCCUAUUCUUCUCUUGUUCCACCAGAUUGUUAUGCUGGUCGAGAAGUUCAUAAAACAAUAAUUCUUGGAAGGGAUGUCUGGAGGUCAUCUAUUUCUCCACUGCUAGCCUCCCCAAGUUGGGUCAGCUUAGAUCAAGUUGCUCAGGAUCUUCUCCAGUUAUGUUUUGAAUAUUUUCAAAAUUGGAAAUUCCACAUCCCCUUUGAGCAACCUGUUCCAAGUGUGUAUCUGUUUUUGACAGAUGCAGCUGAUGUAACCCAAUCAGUACUUUGCACAGGAGUUGGUCUUUCAAUACAAUUCUAGUUUAUUGUAAAACACUUGUACAGUACUACAGAUGAAUGACAAUUUCAUAAGUCUGAGGUUCAAUCUUUCAGACUUUGCCAUAUAUAUCAUGCUUAUUCCUUCAAGCCAAAGCAGGAACAGCACUGCCUAAAUAUGAGCAACAGAACACGCAUGUUUACUCAACAUCUCAACACAGCCAUUUCCUUAGCUCCCAUCCAUGGAUCUAAACUAUGCUGAUGUAUCAGAGACUGUCCUUAAUCAAGGCUCCAGGGCUGUGUGGAAAAGCCUCACCCAGCGCCACCAUGCCUGACGUGGAGAUGGCUGAAUUUGGGGAGGCCGCCCCCUAUCUCCGCAAGUCGGAGAAGGAGAGAGUGGCCGCCCAGACCCGCCCCUUUGACCUGAAGAAGGACAUCUUUGUUCCUGAUGAGAAGGAGGAAUAUGUUAAGGCCACCAUCAUCAGCCGUGAGGGCUCCAAGAUCACUGCUGAGACCGAGCAUGGCAAGACAGUGACGGUCAAGGAGGACCAGAUCAUGCAGCAGAACCCUCCCAAGUUCGACAAGAUCGAGGACAUGGCCAUGCUGACCUUCCUCCAUGAGCCUGCCGUCCUCUACAACCUCAAGGAGCGCUACGCCUCCUGGAUGAUCUAUACCUACUCAGGACUCUUCUGCGUGACAGUCAACCCCUACAAGUGGUUGCCUGUCUACAAUGCUGAGGUGGUGGCUGCCUACCGGGGAAAGAAGCGGAGUGAAGCUCCACCCCACAUCUUCUCCAUCUCUGAUAAUGCCUACCAGAACAUGCUGACAGAUCGGGAGAACCAGUCCAUCCUCAUCACCGGAGAAUCUGGGGCGGGGAAGACAGUGAACACCAAGAGGGUCAUCCAGUACUUCGCCGUCAUUGCUGCCAUCGGUGACCGUGGCAAGAAGGAGACAGGGGCCCCAGGCAAGGGCACUCUGGAAGACCAGAUCAUCCAGGCCAACCCUGCCUUGGAGGCCUUUGGCAACGCCAAGACUGUUCGCAAUGACAACUCAUCGCGAUUCGGGAAGUUCAUCCGGAUCCAUUUUGGAGCCACUGGGAAAUUAGCAUCAGCUGACAUCGAGACCUACCUUCUGGAGAAAUCCCGCGUCAUCUUCCAGCUGAAGGCUGAAAGAAACUACCACAUCUACUACCAGAUACUUUCCAAUAAGAAGCCAGAGCUGCUGGAUAUGAUGCUGGUGACCAACAACCCCUACGACUAUGCCUUCAUCUCCCAAGGAGAGACCACAGUGCCAUCCAUUGAUGAUGGAGAAGAGCUCCUGGCUACAGAUAGUGCUUUUGAUGUCCUGGGCUUCACCCAAGAGGAGAAGAACUCCAUCUACAAACUGACAGGUGCCAUUAUGCACUUUGGCAACAUGAAGUUCAAGCAGAAGCAACGGGAAGAGCAGGCAGAACCAGAUGGCACUGAAGAGGCGGACAAGUCAGCUUACCUAAUGGGGCUGAACUCAGCUGAUCUUCUCAAGGGGUUGUGCCACCCUCGGGUCAAGGUGGGCAAUGAGUACGUCACCAAGGGGCAGAAUGUCCAACAGGUGAUUUAUGCUGUUGGGGCCUUGGCCAAGGCUGUGUAUGAGAAGAUGUUCAACUGGAUGGUGACCAGGAUUAACAACUCGCUGGAGACCAAGCAGCCACGGCAGUACUUCAUCGGUGUGCUGGACAUCGCUGGCUUCGAGAUCUUUGAUUUCAACAGCUUUGAGCAGCUCUGCAUU